ACUGGAGAGACUGGCAGGAAAGCAGCAACUCCCAGCUGUGGGGAGCAAGCGAGGUAUAUAAAGGGAGAAACUAAGUGAUAACACCCCGAGCAUUCAAACUCGACGCAGGCAAAGGAAGACUGGGAAACAGAGAACCUCCCCAGAACUUCAUUUCCAAUCACAGCAAGAGUCGGCAACAUGAAAGGUUUCAUUGCUUUGGCCUUGGCUUCUGCCUUUUUGGAAAUGUGUUCCACAAACCACGAGGGGCAGCUGGUGGCAGACGGUGGCGUUCUGACCAAGGGAAGUAUGAAUGAGGAAAAGCUGCCCCAUCUCUUCUUGAAGCGGUUCUACGAUGGCCUGUCCUACGAUGGAUUUGUGGCACUGAUGGGAAGGAGAAUGGCUGGUACAAAAGAAAUUCCCGUGGCUCAGAAACGGGACUUGGAUGAUUUUUUUGUCGGUCUGAUGGGAAGACCAAACAUGGAAUUGGAUGAAUCAACUGCUCUUAAUGAAGAUGAACCAGGGAGAAAAGGACACAGAACCGCCACCAAUUGCAAGCCGAGGACUUGUGGGGCCAUCUAACGUCGAAAGCAAGCGGAGCCGUGACAAGGAAGCGAUUGCUCCAUCUACCAAAGUGCAUAACGUCCCAGAAUAAGCUAGUAAAUUUGUUUUACAUAACCGUAUAUUUACAGUCAAAUCAUGUUAAUAUUCAACCUCGGCGUGGGUGAGCCGACUCUGGUUCGAGAGAAUCCGUGUCUUUCAUCGCCAGCCAAGGAAGAAACGAGUGGCGAGGACACAAUUCUCGAGCUGGAACUGGUGUUGUUGUAUUCUAUCCCCUCCACUGUCCAGUCCAAAUAAAUACAUUUUUAUUUAACGUUAA